CACUGUCAGCGUGGAAGUCACGCCAUGGAGGACCAAGAAGCGCUGGGUUUUGAACACAUGGGGCUGGAUCCUCGGCUCCUGCAGGCUGUCACCGACUUGGGCUGGUCGCGACCUACGCUAAUCCAGGAAAAGGCCAUACCUCUGGCGCUGGAGGGGAAGGACCUCCUGGCCCGCGCCCGCACAGGCUCCGGGAAGACCGCAGCUUAUGCUAUUCCGAUGCUGCAGUUGCUUCUCCACAAGAAGGCGACAGGUCCUGUAAUGGAACAAGCUGUGAGGGGCCUUGUCCUUGUUCCUACUAAGGAGCUGGCAAGGCAGGCCCAGUCCAUGAUCCAGCAGCUGGCCUCCUACUGUGCUCGAGAUGUGAGAGUGGCUAAUGUCUCAGCCGCUGAAGAUUCAGCUUCUCAGAGAGCUGUGUUGAUGGAGAAGCCAGAUGUGGUGGUGGGGACCCCAUCCCGGAUAUUAAACCACUUGCAGCAGAAAAACUUGAAACUCCAGGACUCUCUGGAGCUGCUGGUAGUGGACGAAGCUGACCUUCUUUUUUCCUUUGGCUUUGAGGAUGAACUCAAGAGUCUUCUCUGUCACUUGCCUCGGAUUUACCAGGCUUUUCUCAUGUCGGCCACUUUCAAUGAGGAUGUGCAAACCCUGAAGGAGCUAGUGCUACAUAACCCGGUUACUCUCAAGUUACAGGAGUCCCAGCUGCCGGGGCCAGAUCAGCUCCAGCAGUUUCAGGUGGUCUGUGAGACUGAAGAAGACAAGUUCUUGCUGCUGUACGCUCUGCUCAAGCUGUCCCUGAUCCGGGGCAAAGCACUUCUCUUUGUCAACACUCUAGAGAGAGGCUACCGGCUCCGUCUUUUCCUGGAGCAGUUCAGCAUUCCCUCCUGCGUGCUCAACGGGGAGCUCCCACUGCGCUCCAGGUGCCACAUCAUCUCACAGUUCAACCAAGGCUUGUAUGAUUGCGUCAUAGCCACAGACGCAGAAAUCCUGGGACCCCAAGUCAAAGGCAAGCGGCGAGGCCGCGGGUCCAAAGGAGACAAGGCGUCUGAUCCCGAGUCAGGUGUGGCCCGGGGCAUAGACUUCCACCAUGUGUCUGCCGUCCUAAAUUUUGACCUUCCUCCCACUGCAGAAGCCUAUGUCCACCGAGCUGGCAGGACAGCUCGAGCCAACAACCCAGGCAUAGUUCUGACCUUCGUGCUGCCCACGGAACAGUCUUCUUUGGGAAAGAUCGAGGAGCUUCUCAGUGGAGAGGGCCAGGCUCCCAUCCUGCUUCCCUACCAGUUCCAGAUGGAGGAGAUUGAAAGCUUUCGCUAUCGCUGCAGGGAUGCCAUGCGCUCCGUGACGAAGCAGGCCAUUCGAGAGGCAAGGCUGAAGGAGAUCAAGGAGGAGCUUCUGCACUCAGAGAAGCUCAAGACAUACUUUGAAGACAACCCCAGGGACCUCCAGCUGCUACGCCAUGAUCUGCCCUUGCACCCGGCAGUGGUGAAGCCUCAUUUGGGCAAUGUCCCCGACUACUUGGUUCCUGCUGCUCUUCGUGGCCUUGUACAUCCUCGAAAGAAACGGAAAAAGAUGCCCUUCUCUAGAAAGGCUAAGAAGGUGAAGACCCAGAACCCGCUGCGUGACUUCAAGCACAGGGGGAAGAAGCCUAAACCCACAACAAAGCCUUCUUGAGGUUGCCUGAGCCUGGGGACACUGAAUUGGGCAUCCUGGCCUGUGUGGAGUGGGCUGCCCACUCCUUGUGGGCACAUUCUGGUGCUUGCUGUUUGGACAGACUACUUUGAGGAAGCAGCUUUGGACACCCCGUCACCUUGGCACUGCUGGGCUGCCAUGUUGUCCGUUAGCAGAAUAAAGAUUCCGUCUGCUCCAGGC